AUGGCAUCACGAAACAACUGGGCGACCGAACUAAGGAGCUAUCUGCCAUGGACAAAAUCCCCACUUCUCAUCUCCGCCCCCAUGGGCGGCUUCGCCUGGUCUACCCUCGCGACCUCUGUGUCCCUUGCCGGUGGCCUCGGCCUCAUCGGCUGCUUAAACGACAUGUCGCAGCUCUCUACCCAACUCACUCAAGCACGCUCUACAUUCGCCUCUUCCUCCAACCCUUCUAUUCAGGCGUCGAAAACGCUACCCCUCGGCAUAGGCUUCCUGGCGUUCAUUUGUAAGGCCGAGGAUGUUGUCCCCAUGAUCAAGGAAUUCAAGCCCGCGGUCGUGUGGCUCUUCGCUGCGAAGCGGCUAGGUGACUAUAAGGGUUGGAUCGAGGCCCUGAGGAGCGCGAGUCCGGAGACGAAGGUGUGGGUUCAAGUGGGGAACGUGGAGGGUGCGCUGCAUGUUGCAAAAGAUGCGCGGCCGGAUGCGAUUUGUCUCCAAGGUGCGGAUGCAGGUGGCCAUGGCUUCGAGAAAGGCGCGGGCGUCAUCAGUCUGGUGCCGGAGGCAGCGGAUGCGCUAAAAAGAGAGGGGUGUGUUGACAUUCCGCUGCUCGCGAGCGGGGGUAUUGUAGAUGGGAGGGGCGUUGCUGCUGCGCUUGCGCUUGGGGCGGCGGGUGUGGCGAUGGGGACGAGGUUUCUAGCCAGCAAGGAGGUAUCAAUUCACCCCGUAGCCCAGGCUGCUGUUAUUGAAGCGGAAGAUGGAGGGCAGGUUACGAAGAGGAGUAAGCUGUUUGAUCAACUGAAGGGGCCGAACAUCUGGCCUGAGGCGUACGCAAUGCCCGGGUACGAAGUCGAUCUGUCUUAG